UGAGGCGCUACUAUUAAUAUAGUGCGUUACUGUGUGACGUAAUUAGACGUUCACUUGCUCUUGUUCCAUCGAUAAGAUCUCACUACUUAGUUUCUAAUUUCAAUGACUUGGACUCGUUCUGAAGUACAAUAUGGAAUAAUACAAAAACUAUGUCUACAUGCUAUUAAAUAUGGACCAAUUCCAAAACAUGUUGCUUUUAUUAUGGAUGGGAAUAGACGGUUUGCUGAUAGUAAAAUGUUAAAAAAAUCUGAUGGUCAUUUACAUGGUUUUACAAAACUCUCUGAGACUUUACAAUGGUGUCGUGAUAUUGGCAUUGAAGAAGUAUCAAUAUUUACUUUUAGUAUAGACAAUUUCAAUAGAUCUCAUGAAGAAGUUUCAUUUUUAAUGAAUUUAGCUGAAGAAAAACUUCAAGAGUUACUAGAUAAUAAAGAUGAAUUGAAAGAAGAUGAUAUAUGUAUUCGUGUUAUUGGAAAUUUAGCAUUACUACCAGCAAAAGUUCAAAGUUUGGCUGCACAAUUAAUGCUUGUUACUAGGAAUCAUUCAAAAUCAAUACUAAACAUAUGUAUGGCAUAUAAUAGCCGUAAUGAUAUUACCAAUGCAAUGGAAAUCGUACGUUUAGGUGUGAAAGAAGGAAAAAUUAUACCUAGUGAUAUCACUCAAGAAUUAUUAUCAAAAUGUUUAUAUACACGUUUAUUAAAACCAUUAGAUUUAUUAAUUCGUACUUCUGGUGAAAUACGUUUAAGUGAUUUUUUAACUUGGCAAUUAUUAGAAAAUGAUACAAUUUAUAAAUUUAUUAAUAAUUAUUGGCCAGAAUUUUCAUGGUGGAAUUUUCUUUCAUCUAUUUUACAUUAUCAAAUAUCAUAUCUACAAUUAUCACCAUUAAUUAAUUCUAAACGAAUGAUGAAUAACAAAUUGAAUAAUAUUCAUAAUGAUGAUUCUAUGAAUAAUAAUUUCAUAUUGAAUAGGAUACAUUCAAAUGAAAAUGAAGCACAUCAACAACGUAUUAAUUCAUUUUUAGAUUAUUUAGAUCAAACAUUUUGGCAAAAUAUGACUAGUUUAGCUACUUCAUUUUAAUGUAAACAAGAUUUCCUCUCUCUCUCUCUCUGUCUAUGUGGAUGUGUAUCUGUGCAAUUCCUUAUAGAAUGAAUGAAUCCAUGAUUUCACUUACCCAUUAAAUGUACAAAUGAUUUUACACUUACUUACAAUGUAUGUAUUUAAACAAAAAAGAAAGCAAUAUUAUGAUA